AUGAUAACGUGGAACUUUACUGAUCAGAAAGUCAUUAGAAUCACUUUGGAAUUACGCUUACAGUUUCUAAAAGAAGCUGGUCAUGGAACACAGAAGGAGGAGAUACCUGAGGAGGAAUUAGCAGAGGAUGUUGAAGAGAUUGACCAUGCCGAAAGGGAGUUGUGGCGUGGCCAGAUCUUGUGGUUUAGAGGCCUGAACAGAGUCCAAACACAGAUCCGAGGGGUGAAUGCAUUUCGUAGUUCUUUAUACGAAGGGUUAGAGAAGCCAGAAUCAAGAAGUUCAAUCCACAACUUUAUGACACGCCCUGAGUUUAGGAUAGAAGAUUCAGAGCCGCACAUCCCCCUUAUUGAUGACACUGAUGCUGAAGACGACGCCCCUACAAAACGCAACUCCAGACCUCCACCCUCUCCUAACAAAAAUAACAAUGCUGUUGACAGCGGAAUUCACCUUACAAUAGAAAUGAACAAGUCUGCUACCUCUUCAUCCCCAGGAAGCCCACUACAUAGUUUGGAAACAUCACUCUGAUUGUAAGCUGAAUGGUAACACACUAGCUGCAUUGUAAAGAAACAAAUCGAAACUGAGUCUUUUCACAUAUUGUGACGGACAAGAUAGUAUUCUUGUCUCUGGACUUCAACAGAAGAUACACUUGUACGAAUGUAGAUUUAUUUAAAAAAUAAAAAACAAAAAACAAAGCUUUCUGCCAGACUGAGGGUGCUUUUUUGGGGUGUGGGAGAAACGAACUGACAGAUAAACAGCGGUGACUCGGCAUGAGUGGCCUGUGGGUCGUCAGUGGUACCUAACGUUGUCCUGACUAGCAGAGCUGUGGUUUAUCUCAGUUCAUGAUGGCAGGGAGGGAGGAGUGACUCUGGAUGAGACAGAGAGCCCUGGAUCAUUGAGUGAAUACUUUAAUUUCUGCUGUUGGCUGUUAAUAAUUUGGAUUAUUUACGUUUAUAAAUGAUACAGAUCUGUUUACAAGGUUUGUAGAUAAUUUUUUUGUUCUUCAUAGACGGGAAGUUUCCUUAUAGUAAUGCAGAGAAAAAUUAGUCCUUCAAAUACUGCUGUAUUUUCAGUGAAAAAAAGGGGGGGUGUUUCUAUUGAAACUGUAAUAAAAUUUUGCCUACAAUUUAUCUUGUUACAUAUGUAGAUAAAUUGCUAAUACUAAUAGCCAAAUAGAUAACACUAAUGAUUUGUUUAAAAAACAAAAAAGAAAAAAAGAAAACAAGACAAAAAAAAAAAAAAAAAACCAACAAAAACCAUGAGCAGUGGUGUUCUAAUGAAGUUAUGGCAUCUGUCCUAACUAGUUUCUUAAAUACAUUUACUACUUAAUGGCUUUGAAAGAACUGUUUAAUUUUUAAAUGUUUUGAAAACUUGCUAAUAACCUUUUGUUCAGAAUUUAGUAGAUUGUUUAUUGUGGGACAUCAAAUACACAAUGAAAGAUGCUUGAAAUGCCUUUGUUAUUUCAGGCCAAUCAAAUUAAACUAUCAAAGUACAAGAGAAA